AUGCGCAACUUGUUAGGAAUCCGAAAAACUCGCACGACACCGUUACACCCUCAAUCGGACGGCAUGGUCGAAAGAUUCAACAAGACCCUCAAGGACCAUCUUGCCAAGGUCGUUAGCGAGAAUCAACGCGAUUGGGACCGCCAUAUUCCCAUAUUCUUGAUGGCUUACCGAUCAGCAGAACACUCGACAACCGGGGAGUCGCCCGCCACAGUAAUUUUUGGAAACAAUAUCCGGAUGCCAGCCGAUCUGAAAUUCGGAACACCGCCGGGAUAUUCAGGCAUCAUGUCGGAGUACGUUAGCGAACUGCAAAACAAAUUGAAUUAUGUACACCACUUGGUAAGGAAACGGUUACGAAUUACCAGCGACCGCAUGAAGACACUGUACGACAGGCGGGCUAAUACCGCAGGUUUCCAGGCUGACGCUCUGGUGUGGCUCUACAACCCGAAACGACAAAAAGGUUUAUCACCGAAACUACAAGCGGACUGGGAAGGGCCGUACCUGGUGAUUACCCGCAUCAAUGACGUCGUUUAUCGUAUUCAACGGCACGGAAAACCGAGAGCGAAGAUGAAAGUGGCAGAACAAAUGCAGGUGAAGGUGGUCGAACGCACACAGGAGAUUGCUGUUCAGGAGCAAGAGAUGCAGCGUCGGGAAAAGGAAUUGGAAGCAACUGUGCGACGACCAGCUGAAGCAGAAAAAUACCGACUAGAGAAAAUUGCGGAAGCGAAUAGAAAUAGAGUGAUUGUGGAAGCGCAAGCAGAAGCGAAAUCGUGA